AUGCCAUAUUACCAAAUUCUUCAUCAAAUGAAUCCAUCAGCAAUGACUUUUAAACCAAAUCAAAAGAGAUUUUAUUCUAUCAAAACUGAUCAAUUAACAAAAGCUGAAGAAAACAUCUUUCAAGAUUUAUUGUGUGAAUGGACUGAUACUCCCAUACUUGAUCUUUUACUUGAAAAUUGGACAAAUCAUCGUGAUAAAAAUUUUUCUCUGAUGAAGGUAAAACAAAAUAUUUCUCCUCUUCGUUUAAAUCUUUCUAGUCUGAACAAGUAUCUCGGCGAUGUAUUUAAAUUAAUUGAUUCCACAUCACCGCCAAUUGUUGUAUUAAAUGGUACGCAUCAUGAUGAUAAUUCGAUUAAACAAUUUACGUCACAUUUCUUCAACUUUAAUGUCUUUUCCAUGAAAGGAACAAAUAUGUUUGGUGGGAUGUUAAUUGCGGUGCAUAAAUCAAUUCGUUCUCAACUUGUGGCUGAAUUUGACAAUCUAUGUAAUUUAAUCGUACUUGAAAUUGGAUCAGAUGCAGAUAUGUUUCAAUUAAUCACAUGUUAUUGUCCACCUACUGAAUCAAUUCAUCUUGAUACAUUUAAUCGUUUACUUCAACGUAAUCCAAAUUCAAUCUUUACCGAUGAUUUUAACGCUAAGCACAAUUCAUAG